UUCCGCGGGCGGAGGGGUCGCCAUGGCGGCAAAAAGUCCUCCUGAUAGUACUCCAAGAAGGCCUGUUUUAUCUGUCAGUGCAAGAAAAAUUAAAGAUAAUGCAGCAGACUGGCAUAAUUUAAUGAUGAAAUGGGAGAGACUGAAUGAUAAUGGAUUUACUACAGCAAACAAAAUAGUCAACAUGAGGAUCAGUGAGCAAUUUCAGGACAACAAACUGGAGAUAGCAUGUGAUAACAGUGCCACAGAACCUGAAAAGCCAACCCCAAAAUACAAUCAAGAGCUGGACAAUUGCUGUGCAGAAUUACUUGAGACCUUAAAGCAAAUGACAAAAAUACAGAUGAAAAUGGAAAAGCUUACUUCAACUACUAAAGCAAUCUGUGACUUGGAAACAUUCCACCAUGGAGCUGGGAAUUGCAAGGCUCCCUUCUUUCAUACAUGGCCCACAUCAUACUUCUAUGAGGUUUGUCUGAAGCUGUCUGAAAUGUACAAGAAGGAGCUACAACUCAAACAAACAAUUGUACGAGACAUUGCUCAUUCUGCUGACCAGGAUCUGAUGAUGGUGUAUUUAUCCUCGUGGCUGUACCAGCCUUACAUUGACAACAGCAGCAUGCUGCUGCUCGAAGCCAUGCUGCUGGAAACAGGACACAGGCAGUGCUAGAAUUCCAGAGCUUACAUGGCUGCCUUCUAGGGGUGCUAAUAUGAAACUGAACUGGCAUGUUGCAAAGCUUACCAAGUAAGUUGAUUUUUUGUAAAACUUAUUAAAAAUAUUUUUCUCUAUUCAUAUUCCUUACUUUGUCUCAGCUGAUACACCUUUUUCUGUGUUGGACAAGCUAGUUUUGGUUGUUUUUCUCUAUUUUAAGGGCAACACUGAGGUUACAAGUAGGAGGCUAAGUCCUCUAUACUCAGAAAGAGGUAAGCACUGCCUGGCAAUCUGGGGGAUUCAAUGCAUUUAGAAUCUACAGCAAAAGAUGUUACUUCCUGCCAAGUCUGGACAGCCUGAAAUACCUGCAUGGUCCUUUUUGCCACAGAAAUUCAGCAAUUCUUGAUCUUCCAUGGUUUUGGGGUUUUUUUUUUUUGGUUUUUUUGCAAGAAUUAACAGGGCAAAUGUUUUUGUAAUUCAUUUAUAAGUGGAGGAAAGGAAAGCACAAAAAGAAUCCAAAAGGAUCCACAUAGUUUGGUGUGUGAUUUUGAAAUGCUGCUGCAGACAAUAGUACAAAUUCUGGUUUGGUUUUGACUCUGGUGUUGUUGGGUACUUCACCCUCAAAGAGUGAUCCAAGCUUGAACCAGCACCCAGGGAAGGUUUAGUACAACUCAGCAUUUUA